AAUUGUAAUGAAAAGUUUUGAUGUUAAACUCGAAGAAUUUAGAAAAACAUUAACAUUUUAAACAUAAAAUCAUGUGGAAUUUACUUUUACGAGUGAAACCUAAAUUUCUUAAGAGCCUUUUUGACUCUAACAAGCCAUUUUUGAUUCUAUCACAGUUGAGAAAUAUUGGAAAUGAAGCUCCAAAAGGAUCACAAAACGUUAAACUUCGAUCAACACUUUAUUAUGCUGCUGGUUUAGGAGUUCUUACAGUAGGAUUAAGUUAUGCAGCUGUUCCAUUAUAUCGAAUGUUCUGUUCAGCUUAUAGUUAUGGUGGCACCACUGGAGUAGGUCACGAUGGAGAAAAAGUGGAAAGUAUGAAACGAAUAGCAGACAGAGUUAUAAAAAUUAAAUUUAAUGCUGAUAUUAGUGCUUCAAUGAGGUGGAAUUUCAAGCCUCAACAAUAUGAAAUAAAAGUGGCUCCUGGUGAAACCGCUUUAGCCUUUUAUAAAGCUAAAAAUCCUACAGACAGACCAGUUAUCGGUAUCAGUACCUACAAUGUUAUUCCUUUUGAGGCUGGAGCAUAUUUUAACAAAAUUCAAUGUUUUUGUUUUGAAGAACAACAAUUGAAUCCACAUGAAGAGGUGGAUAUGCCGGUAUUUUUCUACAUCGAUCCAGACUUUGUUAAUGAUCCCAAAAUGGAACUAGUCGAUGAAAUUACACUUUCCUAUACAUUUUUUGAAUCAAAGGAGGGUGCGAGUUUUCAAUUACCUGCAUUUGCUAAACCACAUGUUAGUAAAUAGAAAAUUGAUUAGGAAUAGUAAAUAAAAAAUGAAAGACUUCAUAUUAUGUGAAAAGA